GUCUGGUGGGAUCAAUUUGGAUUGAUUGACUGUGCCGACGACCAGCACAUAAUUUUUCAAUCGCAUUGAAUCAAUCGCAUUGCCACGAGCCUUCUCCCACCCCGACCCAAGAAACAAACGCCUCAAAGAACUGCGAACCAGGCUUGGCUCUCUCGUCUGUCAAUAUAUCACGCCCGCCUCGCCCAUCCAGCCAUCGCCGCACUUGGGCUCGAACCACGCCCACUCCAGCUCGUCCAUCAGAACCCCUUGGCCCGCUCUGACCUGACCGCCAGUUGUUGCCAGUGGCCGAGACCUGACGCCGCGACAACCCCACACCCCGGAGCCCGACUGCCACGGCCAUCUCCAGGUUUUCCCCGCCGGUGGGCGAUGGUGCUCGCCCGAACCCUUCGAUCGCUGGAGAACGGGCGCACGACCACAGACUGCCGGCGUAGCAACACUGCCGCCACCACCCGCCCACGAUGGCCUCCCUCCUGACCCCUCGGCAGGCUGACGAGCUGCACAAGGCCAUCGUAGCAUACCUGUCGGCGAACAACCUGUCCAACACGUCGAAUGCGCUCCGAGCAGAGCUCAACCUCCCCGAGGAGGUCUUCGAUGCCGCCACGCAGAAGAAAUAUGAGGGCCUGAUCGAGAAGAAAUGGACGAGCGUUGUCCGCCUGCAGAAAAAGAUCAUGGACCUGGAGUCUCGGAAUAGCGCCCUACAGAGCGAGCUCGACAACGCGACGCCCCUCUCCCUAGCUAAAAGGAACUCGGACCCAACAUCAUGGCUUCCCGCCCCCAGGCCGCGUUACUCGCUGGAGUCACACCAAAAUACCAUCAACUGUAUCGCAUUCCACCCCGUUUACUCCUCCAUCGCCUCAGGUUCCGACGAUUGCACGAUCAAGAUAUGGGACUGGGAGCUGGGCGAGCUUGAGCGGACCAUCAAGGGCCACACUAGGCCGGUCCUAGAUGUGGAUUUUGGAGGCCCCAGGGGCGGAAUUCUGUUGGCUUCGUGCAGCUCUGACCUGAGCAUCAAGCUCUGGGACCCAUCCAACGAUUACAAAAACAUCCGCACACUGCCGGGACACGACCACAGCGUCAGCGCCAUCCGAUUCAUGCCGUCGGGCGCCACCGGAGGAUCGGGCAACUUGCUGGUGAGCGCUAGCAGAGACACGACACUGAAGAUAUGGGAUGUCACGACCGGCUUCUGCCUCAAGACGAUACGCGGCCACACAGCAUGGAUCCGCGACGUCUGCCCCUCUUUUGACGGCCGCUAUCUGCUCUCCACGGGCGACGACUCGACAUUGCGCCUCUGGGACAUUUCAGUCUCCAACCCGGAGAACAGGCUCACAAUGGUUGGCCACGACCACUACGUCGAAUGCUGUGCCUUGGCACCGCCAACCACAUACCCAUACCUUGCCCGUCUGGCUGGCUUGAAAAAGCCACCACCAGCCGCUAAUGCGGCCGAGUUCAUGGCGAGCGGCUCUCGAGACAAGACCAUCAAGAUCUGGGACUCGCGUGGGACGUGCCUCAAGACACUAAUUGGCCACGACAACUGGGUCCGCGCUCUCGUCUUCCAUCCCGGCGGCAAAUAUCUCUUCUCCGUCUCAGACGACAAGUCGCUGCGCUGCUGGGAUCUCGACCAGGACGGCAAGUGUGUCAAGACAAUCGGCGGCGACGUGCACGAGCGGUUCGUGACUUGUUUGAGGUGGGCUCCUGGCGUCGUCACGGACGCGCCGGUGAAGGAUGGAGAUGCAGGACAGUCGAAUGGGACCCCACGUAAAAAGACAGAGGCUGCCCCUGAGGUGCGCAUCCGGUGUGUCGUCGCCACAGGAAGUGUGGAUAUGAAGCUGCGCAUCUUUGCGAACUGAGUCUCGUCGCAGUUUCUGGCCGAAACCUAGACUUUGUUGAGGUGAUAUGGGUGCCAUGGAUUCGAAUCGGCUGAGCGACAGACCCCGAUGGCUUGCUGGAUCCUCCAGCGCUGGCCCAGGCCACGUCGCGGGGCCUCUGAUGGGACUGGUGGGGGGACGAUGAUGUUGUCAAAGCUGGCAGCACAGACAAGACGAGGCUUGCGUGUGGAACAGCCUCGAUAACAAACGCUUUGGGAUGUGUUCAGAUCCUGAUCCAUUUUGGGGAUCCGGUUUUGAGGCUCCUUGGUUAGCUCACUGAACUGGUCUGGAGCUGAGAUGGAUUCUACCAAGCAGUGCUGGACAGGGCUGAGGAAUUCCGUGCACUUGGGAGGCAUCUGCAGGGGUGAAGCAAGCUUCAGCUUUCCCCCUAGACACACUGGCUGGUUUGUCCGUCACUCGAGGUGAUUCAUGAUUACAUUACAGAAUCAGAUAGAUACCCGAUACUCAAAACAAUGUGGUGAUGUCACCCUCAUUAUCUCCCGCGCCACUCUGGCUUUUUAGCACCCGGCAGCAGUCAGGAAAUCAAA